AUGGCGGAGUUAGACGAUGACGAUAACGAUGACUAUGAGGAUGACUAUGACGAUGACAACGACGAUGACGACGACAAUGACAAUGACGACGACAAUGACAAUGACGAUGACAGUGACAAUGACAACGACAAUGACAAUGACGAAGAUGAUGAUGAUUGUAAGGACCAUAAGUUUAUAUCUCAUUAUAGUAAUCUGUAUAAUACUCGUAUGUAUCAUUUUAAUUAA